AUGUCAAUCCGUCAAUUCUCCCCAGUAGCCAGUUUGAAGGCGACUCUGGAGUCCUUGAGAGAACACCAAUACAAAUCUGCUGGCCAAACUCUUAGACAACUUGUCAAACAACAUCAUGUACCUCCCUCGCUUUUUGCUGAGCGGGAAGCGACGAUGCCAUUAUCGAUAGCGAGCCUUGGUGCCCGUAUCUCUCUCGUAAAACAGGAGCUGGACACUGCGGUCGGAUUUGUAAACUUCCUCGAGUCUCAAUCUGACGCUCAAAUCAUAACCGAUACUACCUUUGACAUUGUUUCUGGUCUGGUGGAUAUCUCAUCCCCAAAUUCAUUAUCAUGUGCAGCAACCAUCUUGACCUCGAUUCCACCCACCAAACUAUCUCCGGCAUUAGUGCAGUUAUUUUAUAAGGCGAGCUUGGAUGACCCCGAUCUUAUACAAAGAGUCUGGAUGCACUGCAAAAUUUUACCGGACCCACCCGAGGCCAUCGCGCUACUCGAACGCCUCGUUCGUGACAAAAUGUAUUCCGAUGCAAUCAAUAUCUUAGGACGUCUUCUGAAAGGUCACAAACCUGACUCGGAGUGCCUCCCUUCCACGAUACCGGUUCAGCUUGCGCCAGAUGUUUUGACUUACGGUAUUCGAGCCGGAGCGACGGACCAAUGUCUACAGAUAUACAACCAAGCUUCGAGGCAAAUCGGUACUCCACCCAACUCCAAACAGAGACUACGGUUACCUCCCACAAUUGAACAAAAACUAUUCUAUGGGAACCCACGAAUGACAUUAGCUCUCGUGCGACACCUGGUCAAGCUAUCAGAAAAACCUCGAGACAAGCUUCAGGGGUGGCACAGAGGACUGCUCGAAGGGAACCCGCAAUUUUUCCUACAGAGCGCGGAGCAAGUAUAUGCUUCAUACGCUGCCGUUCAUGGUUUUGAAAAAUUUGAUUUGCCGAUUGCUGAGCGGGACGCUACCCCUGUUCGCGCCUCUCACCACCACAUUACGACCGCCGUCGCCUGCCUUUUCGAAUUAGACCGGUUUACCCCUGCCCUCGACCUAUUUUACAUACUGUUUGACCUACAGGAGCCUCCGGAUAAUUAUGACUUUGGUAUUAUUCUUGGCUCGCUUGCUCGACGAAACACUGGACGUGCCAUCCAAAUCCUCCUCGACAUCGCUCCGACUCGGAUCCCCGGCUUCCGGCCAACCCCACAUCAUUACAGUAUCGUCCUUAAUCGAUCGCUCAAACUUCGAAAAAUGGACGAAGCCGUUAGGCUUUUGGAACAUGCGAGAGGAGCAGGAUGUGGGAGCUUGGACCCCAGAGUGCUCGACAGCUUCAUUCGGGCUACCCUCAAGGAUAUUACGCACAGCUGGAGGCGUGGUUCCCCCGGCAGUAACCAUCCUCUACCAUCCCAUCAACUCAAAGCGAUGGCCGACGAGAGGUUGCGCAGCUUUACGCGUAUCUUGGAAUCUUUUCGCCUCUUGGGGCCAAAGGCCAACGUUCCUACUGUUCGUAAGGCGAUCGAGGUCGCAAUGGCGGUCAGGCAGGCUAGAACAGCGUGGGAAAUAAGAAUGUGGGGCGAGAGUGUUGGUAUGUUUGGUCGGAAGUAUACCGGUACCACUGAAGACGGGAAAUGGACGAAGGAACAAGUCGAUGAAGGCAAAUCAAGUGCCCUGGCUAUCUGUCGUGCUCUUAGAAGUCUGCACCAAAGAGGGCUUAUGGAUAAAAGCGAGCUAUGGAGCAAGAUGCGUGCGCUGGGUGCCGGUACGAACUUUGUGGCCGAGGAUGUGGAGGAUGUAAGCGGGGCCGAACCCGUUUCGCUAAGGAAUCGAGCGCAGGCAACAUGGUAA